UGACUCAGUAUGUUGUGUUUAGUGGUUUGUAACUGACUUACUACUUUUCAUAAAAUAUAGUGUGUAAUAAAAUUUGUCCGUUAAAAAAAGCGUUCAGCGAUUUGAUUUUCGAAGAAAGUGUUUCUAGACUUUGUGAGAGUUGCUAAUUUUUUUUGGGUGUAUUUAUUUUUGUGUGUGAUUUCUUAUAAUCAGCAGGAUGGUGGCCAGUGGGAAAAUGAUGAAUGUUCGUGUAACGACCAUGGACGCCGAGUUGGAGUUUGCAAUCCAACCGAGCACCACUGGCAAACAAUUAUUCGAUCAAGUUGUAAAAACAAUUGGCCUGCGUGAAGUAUGGUUUUUUGGUCUACAAUACACAGAUUCAAAGGGUGAUCUCACAUGGAUUAAAUUGUAUAAAAAAGUAAUGAACCAAGAUGUUAAGAAAGAAAAUCCACUUCAAUUCAAAUUCCGUGCCAAAUUUUAUCCUGAGGAUGUUGCUGAAGAACUAAUUCAAGAUAUUACGUUGAGAUUAUUUUAUUUACAAGUAAAAAAUGCAAUUUUAUCAGAUGAAAUCUAUUGUCCGUCAGAAACAUCUGUUCUUCUAGCAUCAUAUGCAGUUCAAGCACGUCACAGUGACUAUAAUAAAUCUACGCACACACCAGGAUUUCUCGCAAAUGAUCGAUUACUUCCUCAAAGAGUUAUGGAUCAGCAUAAAAUGUCAAAAGAAGAAUGGGAAACAAGUAUUUCAUCGUGGUGGCAAGAACAUCGAGGUAUGCUUCGAGAAGACGCAAUGAUGGAAUAUUUAAAAAUUGCUCAAGAUUUGGAAAUGUACGGUGUAAAUUAUUUUGAAAUUCGUAACAAAAAGGGAACUGAAUUAUGGUUAGGAGUUGAUGCACUUGGAUUAAAUAUUUACGAAAAAGAUGAUAGAUUGACUCCAAAAAUUGGUUUCCCAUGGUCUGAAAUUAGAAACAUAUCAUUCAAUGAUAAAAAAUUCAUUAUCAAGCCGAUUGAUAAGAAAGCACCAGAUUUUGUAUUUUUUGCUCCACGAGUUCGAAUCAAUAAACGUAUUUUGGCAUUAUGUAUGGGUAAUCAUGAAUUAUACAUGCGUCGUAGAAAACCUGAUACAAUUGACGUACAACAAAUGAAAGCUCAAGCUCGUGAAGAGAAAAUUGCUAAGCAACAACAACGUGAAAAAUUACAAUUAGAAAUUGCAGCCAGAGAACGUGCUGAAAAGAAGCAACAAGAAUACGAAGAUCGUAUGAGGGCAAUGCAAGAGGAAAUUAAUCGCAACCAAGCAAAUCUUGCAGAAGCUCAAGAAAUGAUUAGACGAUUAGAAGAACAACUUCGUCAAUUACAAGCGGCUAAAGAAGAAUUAGAGGCACGACAAGGUGAAUUACAAGCAAUGAUGGAAAGAUUAGAAGAAAGUAAAAACAUGGAAGCUGCUGAACGGCAGAAAUUAGAAGAUGAAAUUCGUGCUAAACAGGAAGAAGUAAAACGUAUACAAGAUGAAGUUGAACAAAAAGAUUCCGAAACUCGUCGACUACAAGAGGAAGUUGAAGAGGCAAGACGUAAACAAGAUGAGGUACAAGCGGCUCUAUUGGCUGCAACAGUAACCCCACAACAUCAUCAUUUGGAAGAAAAUGACCACGAUGAUAAUGAUGAUAUGGUUAAUGGUGAUGGUGAUGUUAGCAGAGAUUUAGCUACGGAUGAACAUAUUAUUGAUCCAAUUGAAGAUCGACGAACAUUAGCUGAACGUAAUGAACGUCUUCAUGAUCAACUUAAAGCAUUGAAACAAGAUUUGGCACAAUCAAGAGAUGAAACAAAGGAAACUGCAAUGGAUAAAAUACAUCGUGAAAAUGUACGCCAAGGCAGAGAUAAAUAUAAAACAUUACGUGAAAUUCGAAAAGGUAAUACUAAACGUCGUGUGGAUCAAUUUGAGAACAUGUAAGAACAUCAAACAAAACAGAAAGCCGUCCAAUAAAUUAAAAACAAAAAAGAAAUCACUACAGAUCGAUUUUGACUGCCUUCAGCAUUAUUUAAAAACGCCACCCAAUCAUAUAAUAAACCAACAUAGGUUUUAAUAAUCGGCAAAACUCACUAUAUAUGUCAAUUAAACGAAGGUAGUUUCAAGGUCCGCAAAAAUUAUUUUUACUACUGAUAAUAAUGUAUAUUGAAAAUUUAUUUUUUUUAAAUCCCGUUCUAUUUAAAGAAUUCUUGUAUAAAACAAAUUUUUGACUUCCAAGUAUCAAUGAAUAUUGAUGAAAAGUAUACUCAUAAAAAAAUUUGAUCAUCAAAAUGUUUCCAAAAUAUUUGUGGACUUUAUAAAGCCACAGACAUUUUGUACGACACGUUGCGUAUGUAUUUUAUGCAAGAAUAAAUUUAUUUUUUUUGGAAAUAUAUGAUUUAUCCUCCACAUGCCCACUCGUCCGCUCUUCACAUUUAUUAACAUUUUUAAUAAUUAAGUUUAAUCAUUUCUAUAGUAAUUAAAUAAUUUCAUUUUAUUUUAUUAAAAUCAACGGUUUUUCCAUUUUCGCCAGAUGAUAUUUACAAUUAUCAUAACAAAUUUUAUGUAAGAUAUCUUCUU